UGAUAAUAUAAGUCGACGAGCUCAUUCGUUUCGAAGUGCUAGAUCCACAUCGAUCAUGAAAGUCAAUAUCAUACUAACAGUUGCAACGUGCAUUUGCCUUUCGUUUUCUCAAGGCCUGGAGUCGAAAGAGUCAAGUCAAAUCGAUACCAAUGUCGAUUCCAGCAGACGCAUUCUUUUCGGCGAGAAAGUCAACCCAAUGGAUUAUCCAUACUUGGUACAACUAAGAGAAGACACUGACGGUUGGUUCUGCGGUGGGAGCAUCAUAACCAACCGAUGGAUUCUGACCGCAGCUCAUUGCUUGAAUGGUGCGACAUGCAAUAUGGUGAAGGUGCUGCCGGCCGCCCUAUUAACGACCUCCGAGUUGCGGAUUUAUGCAGACGAGUGCCACGGUCAUGAGCAGUACGUUCACCCUCGCCCAAAAUUUGACAUCGCACUGAUCAAAGUCAAGGAAGACCUCUUGCGAGAUGCGCACGCCAAAACAAUCCCUCUGCCUGUGCCAGGUAACGCGUUCUAUCCUCCAGGAACCAGAGCUCUUCUUGUCGGUUGGGGAGUGAAUGAGCAUAACCAACCACCUGGUCACCUUGUGAGCGCAUACGCACCUGUCGUGGACUGGCAAACAUGCAACCAUAAUUUCAAAUCCUAUCAGGCCUCGUGCCAAUCCAGAGCAAUGUGCACGGCUUCUGACAUACCGGCAAGAUCUCUGUGCACCCAAGGCGUUGGAGAUUCUCCAGCUGGGACUUGUCUCGGUGAUUCGGGAGGUCCCAUCGUCAUAGAUGGUGUUUUAGUUGGGAUCAGUACUUUGGUUCUUAUUUUAGAAGAUGGGCAAUGUACAAUUGGAGCUCCGUCGGUUUACACGACUGUCGCCGAUUAUCUACCUUGGAUCUAUUCUUUUAUUGAUCCUGCGAAAGAUACUUCGGAAUUCAUAAUUCGCGUCGAGUCUCCGGAAUAAGCAUUUUUUCAGUUGUAACACAUCCGGAACAAACAACUUUUCGAAUUCGUACACAUUCUAGGAAUCUCAUUAGAGGGGAUAGAUAUCGA